UCUCUCAUUCUUGCCUGUUGAGUUUAUUUGGUGCGGCGGUUGGUGUCCUGCCUUGCAUGCUGACGACUGCUCCUCGGCUGCUCGUCAGGCUUCUGAAUGUGCACUAUCUUAUGGGAGUGAGUGUGUCGUCUCGCGCAAUGGGCAGACGCGAUGGCGACAGCAGAGGAGCGACGAACACCGGCGAUCGCUCGGAACUGGGCUGCCGGCAAGACUCCCCUCGGAGUCUUGGCGGAGGCGGUGGUGCGCGUGUGUCGGAGGCGGACGCCGACGUGGAUGCGUCGGACCGACCAGCGUUGGAGGUGAAGAAGCACCAGCACAAACACAAUCUGAAACAUCGCUAUAACCUGAUGGAAACGCUGGGGAAGGGCACCUUCGGUAAAGUGAAGAAGGCGGUCGAGAGAGCAAGCCUCGAAACGGUGGCUAUCAAGACUAUCCGUAAGGAGCGUAUCACAGACGACCUUGACAAAAUUCACAUCCAGAGGGAGAUUGAGAUUACCUCCUCGCUCCGGCACUCCCACAUCAUACGCUUCCUCGAAGUGUUUGAGAGCCGCGAUAAGAUUGUAAUUGUGAUGGAGUACGCCAGCAAAGGAGAGCUGUACGAUUACAUCUCGGAGAAGGGGAAACUUGCGGAAACAGAAGCCCGCAGCAUCUUCAGGCAAAUCACAUCGGCUGUCCACUACUGCCACAAGAAUAGUGUUGUGCACCGAGAUCUUAAACUGGAGAACAUUCUUUUGGAUGAAGAUCUGAACGUGAAGCUCGCCGACUUUGGCCUUUCCAAUCAGUACCAGAGGGACACUCUACUGCAGACCUUCUGUGGAAGUCCACUCUAUGCCCCCCCGGAAAUAGUGACUGGGCUGCCCUACCAAGGACCAGAGGUGGACUGCUGGGCGCUGGGUGUGCUGCUGUACGCUCUGGUGUAUAGCAGUAUGCCAUUUGAUGGGGCCAGUCACUCCAUCCUCAAAGAGCAGAUCUGCCAAGGACGCUAUCGGAGACCCAACCCCCCCUCAGACGCCUGCGCUCUUAUCGACUGGCUGUUGACGGUGCGUGUGAACGAGAGGGCGACGAUCGAGGAUGUAGCCAACCACUGGUGGGUGAACUGGGGCUACGAGGAGAGCGUGUGUGACUGCGCUUCAUCAGCACACCCGGAUUGUCCCUCCCCACUGCUGGCUCGCUACAUCGACUGGCAGAAUCGGGUUGCCACCAGCUUGGCUGCUGAGCCAGGAUGCCUUCCUUUGGAAUCCAACCAUCACCCCCCUCAUCCCUGUUCCUUCAGCUUGCCCCUUAGGGCUGAGCGAGGAGGAAGAACGCGAGGAGGAUCUUCCAGCGUCAGAAAGUCUCGCAAGGAGAACGCCAUUCCACAAGGAGCGGGUGGUGCUGCGGCAGCUUCUGCCUGUGCUGUGCCAUCUUCUGCCUACACCUCUGAAAGAAGGAAACCCAAAAGUAUUCUGAAACACCAGAGGAGCUUUGAGUCAGUUUUGCACAGCCCUCCCAAAGAAAGUUCCCACCCGGAUACUGUUGAUCCCCAUCCCCAUCUUUAUCAAAAAGAUGUACUUGGCCACACAUGUCCUGAAGUCCCGGCCACUGGUCUGACAUCUCCCUGUACAUUCAGACAGCCCUCUUCUAAAAUGCCCAAAAAGGGUAUACUUAAGAACAUGUAUGAAGGGGAAACGGGUUAUGUCUCCUCGUCACGAGGAAGAGAGUCCAGACUCGGCGUCCAAGAGAGUGAUGCCGGAGACUCCUGCUUGAACAAAUGGCACCAAUUUGCCCCAGCAGCAGAGGACAGUCCAACCAUGAGCACAGAGGCAGUGAGAAGACGAAAGGGUAUUCUUAAACGGAACGGCAAGUUCUCGCGCAGUCUCGACCUUCCGGACGAACAGCGCUCCCCGCCGCCUUCCGAUCGGGCGUCAUUCCCAGACACGCUGCAGCAGUUCCUCCAAACCAAAAUGGCCACCGAUGGCCACCAAAGCCGCCCCUCCAGCGUGGUGAGUGAGGAUAGCCUUUUCUCCAGCGACUCCUUCAACCUGUUGGACCUCAGCACCCGAUCGCGCCGCAGCUUUUUUUGCCAAGGGAUGCAACGCAGCAUGUGUAGCUCAGAGGAGGACCUGCGAGGUGGAGCAGGUGAAAAUGAAGGGCAUGAGUCAUCAGAACCGUGGCUAAAUUAAUGACUCUGUAUGAAGUGACGGCAUGCAAUGUGUUUCGAAACAUGUUGUGCAUGUUUGAAGCAGGGUCGUAGCCAGAAAUUGUUCACUCAACACCUCCGUCGGGGGGAGGCGUGCAUGCGUCGUUCUUUAUCAUAGCAUCCGCAGUUCGGGUUUUAUGGAAUCAAAAAAAAAAGCCUAUGUCCAUCACACUUAUAAUCAAGAAGGAACAAGUUUGGGUAGAAAACAAGUUUAGUUUUUUAAAGCUUAAUUUACGAGCUAGUGCCAUUUCCUUUGCCAUGGCUUUGCUUUGGUGUCCUAGCUCAUCAUUUACCUCUAUCUCAUGCACUGAUUCCCAAGCUAAUAGCCAGUUAGUUAUCAAUUGUCACUGACGGCCGACACCCUUUUGUAUUCUGCAAUCAAUGUCUUAUUUAUUGAAAUAAUUUCUAAAAAGCACAGUGGCACAUAAGUAUCUCAAUUCUUCACAAUUCUAAAUGUUGCUUUUUACUUGUUUCUGCUUGUAUUGUGAGUGUGUUAGGUACGAUUGGUGUCCAUUUUAUGUCAUGAAACUUUGACCGUUGAUGGUAUGACUUCUCAAUCAUGUCUGCUUGCUUUGGUGUGAAAGUAAUGAUUUUGAUUACCGUUGACUGUAAGAAUUGUUUUUUACUUAAAACAGACUAUUUUAGAUUUUCCAUUCUGAUCAAAUGUAUAUUUAUAUUUUAAAUGUGCUAAUAUAUAAAAAUACCUUGUGGCAGAGUAUUAAGGUGUCUAAGGAUACUGCAUCAAUGGGAAAAUGGCAGAAAAAUCUGAGAUAUGGUUGUUGUGAGGUCUGGCGGUGGUGGCCAGAUAGUGGCAACAAUUGGCCAUGGCCACUGCAGAGCACCUUUAAACCGUGGUUUACCUUUUGACUUUAAAGAUAAUUGCUGCAUUCAUGUGGAAAGACUGAGAAUUAUUUAGUACUGAAUUGUGGAGCUGUAGCAAAAAACUGUUUUCCACCAUUUCAGUUGACAUGAUAUUUAAGUCUGAAAUGAGUACGCCCAUCCCCCACUACAAAAAAACAUCUGCACAUUUGUUCUCAUCAGUGGUUAUCUGGGCAAUUAAAAGCUUCUUCGUUCAAACGUCCAGCAUGCAGCUAGAACCUGAAUGAUGACAUUUACAGAACAGCUUGUGGUCGUUUUUCAAAUUCUGAAGUAAGGUGGUGUCGCCAAAAACGAGCACCAUCACCCGUCCACCAGAGCACCGGAAGCCUGUUAGCUUGUGAGCUAGCUCGUGGCCAGUGCCUCGUAGCUGGAUUCUAUUCCAGCCACCGGAGGCUUUAAGAGGAUGUACAGUAUAUUUUUUUAAAUAUAUAGAGAUGUGUAGGCAUACGAAAGUUGCUAGAUAAAGUAGCAUCCAUUUUUCAGUGGGGUUUGGUUUCAUUCAUUCAGCUGACAUGCCAACAGUAUUCUAGAGCAGCGGCACUGGCUUGAAUUUCACAAUUUUUAAGUAUCAAUUUAGAUAUGUUGCAUUUUUUUAAUCAUUCAAAUUUGUCAGGGUUGUUUAAAACACUUGUCUCUGUGGUUUGCCAAUUAUACAAGGUAUUUUCACUUUUCAGACACAAAUGGCUUUACCUUUUCGGCAUUAAUUUUCCCAAUUUACAGCACUUCUAUCUUCAGAAGAGUAAAGAACUGCAUUUGAGUGCUGUUAAUGCAAAGUACUUUUUCUGGACGCAUUUGACUUGCUUGAAUGCCAACUGGGUCUCUGACAAAACCACUGGAUGCAAAGCAUUGAAUGCAGUGACUUUUCGGUAAAGAGAUUUCUGAGGAUGGGGCUCUUCUCAAGAUUGGACUUACCGGGUAAAUCAGUGGCCUGCAUUGUGAGUUUGUAUGCCAUUCCUGCAUGUUUCACACACAUCACUGUGUCAAUAUGGACAAAACAAUAUCCUAUAAAUGUUUAGAUUAUGAUUCACUAACCAUUACAGUACAUCAAAAGACUCUUGCUUCUUUGCACAAAGGACACGAAUUGCAUUCGUCUCAGUCUCAACCAUCAGACCAUGCAGGAGAUGUGGGCAAUCCUGUGGAAAAGUGGGUUUCUUUUUAUUAGUGUCAUGAAGAAUACAUUUUUCCUUCAUUGAAAAGUUGUCAACGUCAAUGGAAUCAUCAAGAGAGAAUAUUUAUGAGCAUAGACACCGGUUUAGGAAAGAGUCAAAAUAUGCUGUACUGUGUAAUAAAUGAUGCAUUGAAUUGUUUUGGCA